AUGAUAACCCUCCUUUCCCCCCACUACAAGGCUCAGGAAGUUACUAGAGGCGAUCUGGUCAUCGCUUCUAUUGCACUGGGUUUUACCAUCGGCUUCGGAUGGCUCACCACCUGGAAGGCUUGCAGGCAGACAUUCCAGAUAUACCAGCGCCAUGGGAGGCGCUUGUUUCGAAAUGCAUAUAUUAUAAUGGUCUGGUUGGAGUUAUUGGUUUGUACGAUAUUUGCUAUUAUUUGCAUUUUGCAUCUGCUUGACGUUAUACCCCCGAGCUUUGCGUUUUAUUUCACUAUUCUUACUACAUGGGCCCUUCAAGUCCAAUUUCUCCUCCAAAUUAUCGUCAACCGAUGUGGCAUACUCCUCACCCAUACAAGAAAAGCCUACCAUCUCAAAAUCUUCGUUGCAAUUCUUAUCACCGCUGUCAACAUCUCUGUCUAUUGCAUAUGGGUUCCUGCCCGACUACAGGUGUCACAGCGAUAUGUCCACAUCAAUGAGUGGUGGGAUCGAUGCGAGAAAGUCAUAUACCUCAUCGUCGACGCAUGUCUCAACCUCUACUUUAUACACAUCGUUCGCGCUAAUCUCAUCAUUCAUGGUCUCACAAAGUACAAGAGGCUGACGCAUUUCAACAUGUUUAUCAUUGGGUUUUCGUUGAGCAUGGAUGUGCUCAUUAUUGCCAUGAUGAGUUUAAGAAAUACUUUUGUAUAUAUGCAAUUUCAUCCUUUGGCAUAUAUUGUAAAACUACAUAUCGAAAUGUCCAUGGCCGACCUCAUCGGCAAAAUCGCCCGCGACAAGCACUGCGGUAUCAUAGCAGAGGGCACAUUCUCGAGCACUGUUACCGACGGGACAUAUCAUCUUGAACAACGCUUCACCGAAGAUAGCCAAACGGCACUUACGAAUCAGCAAGACCUCGGCAAUAUUUCAAAACCCAGACGGAUGUUUCGGUCAUAUUCGAUACGUGCUGGGGAAUAUCAAAGGGAACUGCCAGAACCUUGA